UAGUCCUUAAGACAUAUCUAUCUAUCUAUAUAUGUACCCCACACUAUAUAAUAAGUCCAUACCGUAUCCGCGCCUUUGCUGGAAGAAAGCAUCUUAAUGUCUUCAUUGCUUCAUCAGUUACAAAAAGACUAGAAGAGAAAGAACAAAUAAACUAAGGUGCAGUAAGUUAUAAAGAUGAUUUCUCCAUCAAGUCCACUAAACAUCAACAUGGAAUUUGGUGAGAAAAAAAUGGAAAUUGAAAGAGAUAUUAAUCAGAAUAUGGAAGAAAGGUUGCCAGUUAUAGGAGCUGAAGUAAUCCAAUCCGAUGAACAUUGGACAGAACACAUAACAGUGAGAGGAUUGUUUGUGAGUAUGAUGAUUGGAAUAAUAUAUAGUAUAAUAGCAAUGAAGCUGAACCUUACAACAGGAAUGGUUCCAAAUUUGAAUGUCUCUGCUGCUUUACUUGCUUUUGUGUUUGUAAGAAGUUGGACUAAAGUGCUAGAAAAAGCUGGCUUUGUUUCUAAGCCAUUCUCUCGCCAAGAAAAUACCAUCAUUCAGACUUGUGCUGUUGCUUGCUAUAGCAUUGCUGUUAGUGGAGGAUUUGCUUCUUAUCUGUUGGGAUUAAACAGGAAGACAUAUAUAUUGUCUGGAGUAGGCACUGAGGGUAACAACCCAAGCGCAGUUAAAGAACCUGCAUUUGGUUGGAUGUCUGGCUUCCUUUUUGUUGUUUGCUUUGUUGGACUCUUUGUCUUAAUUCCACUCAGAAAGGUCUUGAUAGUUGACCUCAAUUUACCUUAUCCAAGUGGUUUUGCAACAGCGGUUCUCAUCAAUGGUUUUCACACACAGGAUGAUAAAAUGGCCAAGAAGCAAGUGCAUGGGUUCAUGAAGUAUUUUUCUAUCAGUUUCUUAUGGGGUUUCUUUAAGUGGUUUUUCUCAGGCAAAGAAGACUGUGGAUUUGAACAGUUUCCAACCUUUGGAUUGCAAGCUUGGAAGAACACAUUUUAUUUCGAUUUUAGCACGACUUUUGUGGGAGCAGGAAUGAUAUGUUCCCACCUUGUGAACUUGUCUCUGCUCCUUGGAGCUGUGCUCUCUUAUGGAGUUAUGUAUCCGCUCGUCGAUCGGCGUAAAGGAAACUGGUUCCCUGAAAACUUAGAAGAAACUAACAUGAAGGGUUUAUAUGGUUAUAAGGUUUUUCUAUCAAUUGCUCUAAUCCUUGGUGAUGGCGUAUAUACUUUCACCAAGAUUCUAGUUUCAACUGUCCUUGGCGUACAUGAAAGAAUCAAGAGCAAGAACCAUAAAAAGGAAUUAGCUGCUGAUGAUCUGCACGGGAAUCCAACUGGUGACCUUAAACCAGCUCAAACAUUUUUGAAGGAGAGCAUUCCAAUGUGGAUCGGGGUAGUUGGAUAUGGCGUUUUCACAACUAUUUCGAUAAUUAUAAUCCCGCGCAUGUUUCCCCAGCUGAAAUGGUACUAUGUCAUUGUUGCUUACGUAUUCGCUCCAUCUCUUGCAUUCUGCAAUGCUUUUGGAGCCGGUCUCACUGAUAUAAACAUGGCAUAUAACUACGGGAAAGUUGCACUAUUUUUGCUGGCAACUGUGACAGGAAAAGAAAAUGGUGUAGUGGCAGCACUUGUUGGAUGUGGUCUCAUUAAAUCCGUGAUCUCGGUGUCUUGCAAUCUGAUGCAAGAUUUCAAAACUGCUCAUUGCACACGCACCUCUCCCAGGGCGAUGUUUGUAUGCCAAGUAGUUGGCACCGCGAUGGGGUGUAUAUGCUGUCCUCUGAGCUUCUUCCUAUUCUACAAGGCAUUUGAUGUGGGAAACCCACAUGGAGAAUUCAAAGCCCCUUAUGCACUAAUUUACAGAAACAUGGCAGUUAUAGGGGUUCAAGGUUUCUCAGCACUACCUCGACAUUGCUUGCAACUUUGUUUUGGGUUCUUUGCUUUUGCAAUAGGAACAAACAUGUUAAGAGAUUUUUCACCCAAAAAGAUUGGGAAAUGGAUGCCAUUACCGAUGGUCAUGGCCGUACCGUUUCUGGUAGGGGCAUACUUUGCAAUUGAUAUGUGCACGGGUAGUUUGGUUGUGUUCGUGUUGCACAAGCUUAACUCCAAGAAAGCAGAGUUGAUGGUUCCAGCAAUUGCCUCUGGACUAAUUUGCGGGGAAGGACUAUGGACUCUUCCUGCUGCUAUUCUUGCUCUAGCGAAAAUUAAUCCGCCUAUCUGCAUGAAAUUUGUUACUUCAUAAAAUUUAACCCAACACAUAAAGCAAUGUAGAACAUUAGCUAGUGCACCUUUCUUUUUUGUUUCUUUUUUUGUCACUGUUUGUGGCGUUGUGCACUCUGAAGCACAUAUCAAGUUCAAUACAGAAGAACAUUACCAUAUACUGUUGGCAUUAAUACACAGUUUUAACAUUACAGAA